AUGAUGAGGGGUGAUACGCUCGUCCAACAUCAUCCUCCGACCCCACCGAAUGCUGGGUCAGAGUAUCAGUCCAGGCUGCACCCAGUUGCGCAAUAUGGCGUCGAUCGCGGCUAUUCGUUCGGUGAGACAGGUUACGGCUCGCCAGGCUCGGUGGCGCACGAAGGGAUCCCUUCACAUGCGUCACAUGCCGACAACUAUCCUCGUGGGCUCGGACCAGGUAUACAAUAUGAGGGAUAUGGUCCACCAGCGGAGUAUUACCAGAACGGACCGUACAACGGCAUGCAGAAAGAGCAGGCCUUAUUCUCGCCGCCGACACCGAGAUCGGCGAACGAUGAAGAUUCUGGGCGUAGGACAACUCGUAGCGGACGAGCAAUGACAUCGUCCAGCUCUCCACGCCUGAAGGAGACCAGUCCUAGACGGAAGGCGACACCGAGAGCGAAGAAGCCGAAGGCACCGAAGAAUGAGAAACACAAGACGCCCAAGCUGACUGCGCCGUUGAGCAUACUGACGAAAGAGCUACAUCAUAUCCCAGUCAAGAACAUGGAGGAAUGGGUGAACAGGCCAGCAGAUGUUAGGAGACGCGAAGUCGAGAAGAGAAAUGGAUACAUCACUCGUCCCAUGAACUCGUUCAUGCUGUACCGGUCGGCGUUCGCAGAAAGGGCCAAGUCGUGGUGCCUUCAAAACAACCACCAAAUCGUAUCGUCCGUAGCGGGGGAGAGUUGGCCGCUGGAGCCGCCGGAGAUUCGUGAGCUAUACAACGAGUACGCAAAGAUCGAGAGGAUCAACCACCAAAACGCACACCCGACGUACAAGUUCUCGCCUAGUAAGACAGCAGCCCCGGCCCGAAAGCGAAGAAGCGAGUGGUCUGAUGAAGAAGAGCCUAGCGACCUUGACGAUGCCGAAUGGGCUCCCGGUGGUGGUCGAUCUCGUCCCCGACAGGCCAGGAGAAUCGAUCGAUCAUUCAGUUAUCCCUUAAAUGGUGUUGCCGUGGAGUACUUCGAUCAGUCGUUCGGACCGAACGGUAAUGGUAUCAACCGGUCCUCAUGGGAGAUGACGAACGAAGGACGACCGAUGCCGAUGCCGAUAAGCCACAACGAGCUCUAUAAUCAGUACUACCAGACUGCCGCCUACCCGAAUAUGCAGAUCAGUCCAACCUACGCAGACGACAUGCACAUGAGGAGAGUAGACACACCAUCCAUGCAGUUCCACUCGAAUCCAUCGAUGCUGGGAUUGCCUGGAGGUAAUGCGAACGAUCUUCUGCAACAGCUACACCCGAAUAUGAGUUCAUCAUUCGACGAUGGGCAGCUGGAUCCAUUGUUGUUGGCUUAUGACGGAGGUAGUCAUUCAGACAUCGACCCUUCAGCGCUGCAGAAUGCCGUGUACCGGAAUCCUCAUCCGGACAUGCAAGAAGAGAGGCUUGAGCAACACAAUCUUGAUGGCUUGUUAGAUCUUCCGCAUGAUGAGUACCAAGCUUGGCAGUCAGACUUGACUAUGGUGUCGCUCGAACAAGAGUCGGAGUUCGACAAAUGGAUGGGAGAGUAG